UCUAUUUACCUAACUAGUUUUAUUCAUCUAGACUUGAAUGAUACAAUAAUGAAUGGGAAACAUGUGCCAAUAAUUUACGGACUAGGUGUUUUGGUACAAAGUGGCGAGGUGGUUCCUGUGAAGCAGUUUGAUUGCCAAAUACCAGAUGAAAUAUUGAGACAUUGUGCUAUACAUAGCUAUGAACAGAAAGUUCUCCAAGUGUACAGUUCAUUAACUCAAGAAGUCAAAAUCAAACCAGUUGAUGUUUUCUGUCCAAAAGAAAUUGCGAUGAGUCACGCAAGUCUCUCUGAUAAAAUAAUCCUGAAGAAUUUUUCCACAUCGCCUCAUUGCGAGCCUCCAAACUUUGCUGAGAAGUUAAGAAAAAUGUUCCAGUUUCUUGCAGAGAAUCAGAACAUCCUUCAGAAAUACUUUCCGCGUGGAGAACCAAGACGAUUUAAAUUCAACGACAAUAGGGAAUGGUGUUUGGUUGAAAAUAACAGUUAAUAUGACAUUGUAUGAUGAAAUGUCUUAAAAGACGCUGCCUGCUUCUGUUUGAUGCUUCCAGCUUAUUGUAGUCUUAACAUCAAGUAAAUAUCAUCGUUACUUUUAGCCGAAACAAU